CGUUACCCUUUGCCAACAUCUAACACUACGGCUUUCGACACCCUACCAGAAGCUACAUCUGUCGAGCACCGAUGCCUGCUACAAGACAGUUUCCCACGAAGCUUGUUCAUACGCUCAAAACCCACAAUGGUCCGGUGAACGCAGUCUGCUUUUCUAGCUACCCGGGCACCUAUCUCCUCACGGGCGCAUCUGACCGUGCUAUCCAUCUGUCACGCGCUGUUCCUGCAACCGAAUCGUCGUCGCUGGUGGAAACCACAUCUCCGAUUCAGAAGUAUGAAGCGCACGGAUACACUGUGCUGGAUAUCGCGGUUGCGGCCGAUAACUCGCGUUUUGCUAGUGUCGGAGGCGAUAGGCAGGUGUUCCUAUGGGAUGUCGAGCAGGGAGGGACGGUGAGGAGAUGGGGUGGACAUAAUGCCAGGGUAGAGGCAGUGCAGUUUGCGGGAGAAGGUGAUACGGUUGUUGUGUCUGGGAGUGCCGAUACGACCAUCAACCUUUGGGAUGCCAAAUCCAAUUCCCACAAGCCCAUUCAGACUCUCACUGAAGCUACCGAUACUGUCUCGAGUCUGUACGUCCAUAUGCCGACCUAUUCUAUUGCUGCCGGAAGCUACGAUGGGCGCGUUCGUAUCUACGAUAUUCGCAUGGGCCGGACCACAGUCGACGUCCUGGCGCAUCCAGUGACUAGUGUACGCUGCUCAAAAGAUGGAAAUGCUCUGCUAGCAUCAACUUUGGAUGGGCGGAUUCGCCUGCUCGAUCGAGCUGAUGGGAAGCUUCUGAAGGCCUUCGGAGGAGAGGACAGUGCGGACAAGGGUCCCAGCAUCCCCAGACCAAGAUACCGAAACACAGAGCUACGAAUCCGGUCACUCUUUGCAAAGGCUGACGCUGUUGUCUUCAGUGGCAGUGAAGCGACUGAUGGACAGGCGUCUGUUUUCGCGUGGGAUGUGCUAACUGGGGAAGUCAUUGCUACUGUGCCUGCUGGUGCUGGGGUCAAAGUUGUCAGCUGCGUAGCCUGGAACGAGAAAGGAGGCUGCUGGGCUGGCGGAUGUUCUGAUGGAACGGUGAAAGUAUAUGGAUAAGUGAGAUGCUUCCGGUCUGUGACUUGCAUCUCUUGUCGAUCCGGGUUCGCGGAUGCAGCGACCAACGGCGGCUCACCGCCCGCCCUCGUGCGGAUGAUCUCCGACCACGAGUGACAAUGAGCUUCCAUUAUUGCCUGCCGACAUCCU